AUGAUGCAGUGGUCGUCAAUCGUUUCAAAGGCCCAAUCCCUGAUUGAUCCGGCCAACUUCAGCCUUCCCGCUCUCACCUCGACGGAUCGCAAUCCAUCCAAGUCCUCUCUUUUCCGCCAGCAAUUCCGUCUCCCAGACUCUCAAAAUCCAUUGCAGGAAAUCACCGCAGAACUAAUCCUUCCAAUCCCCCACGGCUCCGCAAACCGAGACCGCUCGCGCGACUUCGACCGGGCCGGAAACCGCUACGUCGGCCGACUCCAUAUCAGCGAGCGAUUCCUCUGCUUUUCCACCCAACCCACGAGCUUUGUGCCUUCUGCUGCCCCCAGUGCUUCGACUAAUUGGGCCGGACAAACGCAUGGAACGGGGCCGUUUGGGAAUGGUUUCACACUGCCGCUAUGCUGCAUUCGUCGGGUCGAGCGACUGAACAGUCUCAGCCACGUCUUCUCCCUUGCCUUGACCACGUGGAACGGUGCACUGGGCAAGACGCAGGAACCGAACUUUGUUCCACAGCGAUUCACCAUCGAGCUGGUAGGAAGCAGGCAGGCCUGUGAACGAUUCUGUGAUGGUCUGAAAAAGGGGCUGCGGGAGUGCAUGAAGGAUAUUGAGAGCUUGCGCAUGGUAGUCAACGAUUGCUACUCGGAAUACUUGCUUUCUGGCGCCAAGUCCAAGACGCAGGAUGAAAGUAACCCUGCUGAAGUGCGUCAGCCGCCUGAUGCUGGACUGGGCAUGAUCUUCCGCUAUCCCGGUGAUGCUCGCAAGCUCCGGGACCGAAGUAAGAUGAGGCUGUGGGGUGAAUACUUCAGAGAAAACGGUCGGAAUGUGACUCUUGUUCGACAGCCAACCUUCCAUAAGUUGAUCAGAGUUGGCCUUCCCAAUCGGUUGCGAGGAGAGAUCUGGGAGUUGACCUCCGGUUCUGUCUAUCUUCGGAUGAGGUCACCAAAAUUAUACCAGGAGACUCUUGCGAAGUUUUCGGGUCAAGAGUCACUGGCCAUCGAUGAGAUCGAGAAGGAUUUGAAUCGAAGUUUACCCGAGUACCCUGGCUUCCAGAGUGAGGAGGGUAUUGGGCGCCUCCGGAGAGUCCUUACGGCCUACAGUUGGACCAAUGCGGAGAUUGGGUACUGCCAGGCGAUGAAUAUCGUCGUCGCAGCCCUAUUAAUUUACAUGUCCGAAGCGCAAGCCUUUUUCCUCCUAUCUGUCCUUUGCGAUCGCCUAGUACCGGGCUACUACUCCACAACUAUGUACGGCACGCUGCUUGACCAGAAGGUAUUUGAGUCCCUGGUUGAGAAGACAAUGCCGAUACUCUGGGACCACCUUGGGAAGUCGGAUGUCCAGCUCUCUGUCGUGUCCUUGCCUUGGUUCCUUUCCCUCUACAUCAACUCUAUGCCUCUCGUCUUUGCUUUCCGUGUUUUGGAUGUGUUCUUCCUCGAGGGUCCUAAAGUGCUAUUCCAGAUCGGAUUGGCCAUCCUUCGGAUCAAUGGUGAAGAACUUCUGGACGUCCAGGAUGAUGGUUCCUUCAUCUCAGUCCUGAAGUCUUACUUCUCCCGUCUGGACGAGUCAGCCCACCCACGAUCUGAGAACCCCAAGCUCAGAGCUAUCACUCGUUUCCAGGAGUUGAUGGUGGUUGCAUUCAAGGAGUUCUCUGGCAUCACACACAGUACAGUCACGGAGCUACGUGAGAAGCACAAGAACGCUGUUCUCGAAAACAUCGAAAGCUUUGCCAAGCGUACUUCUAUCCGAAACCUCGGCCCAGAGAGCAAGCGCCUCAGCAUGGAUGAUCUGGGAGUUAUCUACGAUCGUUUCUACGAGGUUCUCUACGACCGUCAGCAAAAAAAAAGAGUCAUUGACGAAGAGAAGAAACGCCAGGAAAAGAAGAAGAUCGAGCGGACUUCGGUUCUUGGACCUCCUGUCGACAGAGAGGUUGGACGGGUUGGCCUUGGCCCCAGUCCAACGCAUAUGGACUAUGCCGCCUUCCAAGACUUCCUUGCCGCCACAUGCAGAUGGGCAGUUUCUGACUCUUCCGGACCAUCCAGGAAGGGGUCAACGGCUGAGCCGAACUACAUGGGCUUUAGGGGCUUCAACAGAUCGUCGUCCUCUCUGAACAAACCUGAUCCAGCAGACCAUGAGUUCAUGCAGCGUCUGUACCGCAAAUGGGCAACUGACCCAUCGGAAGGCUUGAGUUUGCAGAACGUGGUCAAUGGACUGGCUCGCCUGAAGGGUCCUCGUGAUAUCAUGAACAACAUCAAUUACUUCUUCAACCUCUACGACGACACUGGAAAUGGUACCGUUGAUCGGGAGGGUAUCCUUAGAAUUUCGGAGACCUUGCUUUUCCUCUCACGGAGAGGCUUUGAAGGCACGGUUGCCCCUAGUCAGCCUCUGGAAGAACUAAAUGGAGGUCAUGACGCGGAGCAAAUCGAUAAUGAUAAGCUGUCUACCGAGGAGCGGUUCUUGGGCAGCGUCAGCUCUUUCAUUCGUCGUUGCUUCGAAUAUGCCGACCCUAGUCAUCCUGAGAACGUAAAGGCGACUGCUGAGAGGGCAGACGAAGCAGCCGAUAAGCUGGGCUCAUUCAGCAUUGGUGAAGACGAAGAAGAUCUAAUCGACGUUGGCGGAAAUCCCAACCGCGACUCAGCAACAGACACCCCAGAGCCCGAAAAAGACGACCAAGAAGCCCGCAACCGCGCCGCCUCAGAAUCUGCAAACCUCGCACUCGACCCCAACAACCCCCUCCACAUCACCCUGCCCACAUUCCGCAUGGUCAUCCUCGCCGACGAACUUCUCGAGCAAUUCUUCGACUCCUUCUUCCCCACCUCCUUCCACCUCUUCGACCACCCCUCGCACCCCGCCUCCAUCGCCUCCUCCUCCCUCUCCUCAAACCUAACCACCUUCUCCAACCUCAACAUCCCCAAGCCCCAAUUCUCCGCCUCCUCCAGCGUCUCCGUCGCCGGCGCCUCAGGCGGCAUCGUCCCACCAGGCAAAGGCCUACGCGGUGUCCUGGACAACAUCGUCUCCGACGGCAUCCGGAUGGCCGCAGAAGUCAAGAAACGCAUGGACGAAGCACAACGCGAUCUCGAGCGCAGCGCCGUACACCGCGAAGACGAGGACGACGAGGAAGACGAGGAAGAUGAGCACCAUCACCUGCGCGGCAGCGAAACUACUCCCUCGCCUGCUAUCGUCGGCGGGAUUUCUAGCUGGGGCGCUGGGGCGUACGGCGCGGAUCCAGAACGACGGAGUGUGCGCGAGGCAGAUCGGGAUUUGUUGGAGGGGGCGGAGGUUGUUAGUGUGCGGGGAAAGGACGAAGCGAGUUUGUUGGAUAGUGAUGAUAAGCAGGAGGAGCAGGGGGCGAAGGCGGAGAAGACGGAGAGUCAUGCACAAGGUAGUAAUGGUGGAAGUCCAAAGGGCAGUGAGUCGCCUUCUGCUGAACAUGGGACUGUUGUUAGUAAGGUUGUUGAGUUUGAGUCGUGA